AUGGAGUUGCUUGAUGGGCUCGAGGUCUUCAUACUGGGCUUGAGUGGGCCUGGACUUCAAUCUUGGAUCAAGAUCGAGGAGGGUGAAGAGUCCGUGAGGCUGAGUUCUGUCUGGGACCCACAGCAAGUCACAUCAUCAGCCCGUCACAUGCAAGCGGUUAAGAUCUGUGAGCUGGACGGUCAAAAUUCACGCGAAAAUCGGAUAUUCUGCGAUCUCUUCGGCAAUUAA